ACUUGUUUUUGCCGCUCGAAUGUUUCGUUGUGUGAACGUUUCACAUGUGAUCACUUCGUUUUGAUGGCUGAGACUGAUUGAAACUGAAACUCUUCCGAAACUGAUUAAUUGAGUCGAGAAGCUGAAUCACACAAUUGUUUUUCACUGACAUAUUCUGCUUUUCAACAGUGAUUUCUUUAAUCAUUAGCUUAUCAUAAGCUAUUAAUCAGUACGAUGGCUACUGCACUUCGAAAUCUUAAUGAAGAAGAAGAAAAUGUUGUCGAAGCUCUCGAACAAACUGUUUUCUCAGCAAUCAGUAAACUUGAAGGCAAUGGAAUCAGCGGUGCAGAUAUCAAGAAAUUGCAAGAAGCGGGGUAUCACACAGUUGAAUCAGUAGCCUAUGUCCCUAAAAAGACACUCAUGACCAUCAAAGGAGUCAGUGAGGCCAAGGCUGAUAAAAUCAUUGCUGAAGCUCAAAAAAUGGUCCCCAUGGGUUUUUCUACUGCCACAGAGUAUCAUCAAAAGCGUGCAGAGCUCGUUCAAGUUACUACAGGAUCCAAAGAGCUCGACAAAUUGCUUGGGGGUGGCAUAGAAACAGGGAGCAUCACAGAAAUAUUUGGAGAGUUUCGUACUGGAAAAACUCAAUUGUGCCUAACUCUUGCAGUCACCUGUCAAUUGCCCAUUGACAGUGGAGGAGCUGAAGGAAAGUGCUUGUACAUCGACACUGAAGGAACCUUUCGUCCGGAGCGUUUGUUGGCUGUAGCUGAACGAUAUGGCUUAUCUGGCUCAGAUGUUUUGGAUAAUGUAGCUUGCGCCAGAGCUUUCAAUACUGAUCACCAGUCACAGCUUCUGAUCCAAGCCUCUGCCAUGAUGGCCGAUUCCCGUUACGCUCUUCUCAUUGUCGAUUCCGCCACAGCUCUUUACAGGACCGACUACUCGGGAAGAGGAGAACUGUCUGCGCGCCAAAUGCAUCUCGCUCGUUUUUUGCGCAUGCUCCUUCGACUUGCAGAUGAAUUUGGCGUGGCAGUGGUUAUAACCAAUCAAGUAGUUGCUCAAGUCGAUGGUGCUGCAAUGUUCGCCGCUGAUCCAAAGAAACCCAUCGGUGGAAACAUCAUGGCUCACGCGUCUACUACUCGACUUUACUUGCGCAAAGGUCGUGGAGAAACCCGAAUUUGCAAAAUUUACGACUCCCCCUGCUUGCCAGAGUCUGAAGCCAUGUUCGCAAUUUUGCCCGAUGGCAUUGGAGACAGCAAAGAGUAAACUGCCACAGAAGGGACCGUCCUCCGCUACAGGUUAUUACCCCCUUUCUUGUAAACCCUUUUAUGAAUUCUCCGUUUUUAGUUGUUCAAAAAGUUUCGAUUCACCACCGCCCCAAAAAUAUGAAUUUGUCUUUGUUUAUAAGUAGGUGGAAAAUCGAAAAAACGUCAGUGUACAUGCAACUGUAUGGUUUACCUGUAACUUUAAAAUAUCUUACGCAAUCUACCCUGUUCGCAUUCUGUUCAACAUUGUUCUGAGAUUAUCAGUGGCAAUUACUGCUUGAAUUUGAAUACAAAUAUUUUUUUCUCAA